AGGCGGUGUAAUAGUUGAUUGGUGGACGCAGCAAUCGCUCAGCACAGGUUGUUACUGAUGGAAGAUGAAACGUAAAUGAUGUAUAAAAACUUGUUAUUGAAUAAAAGUGAAUAAAUAUAUAGUGCAAAAUGGCCGACGCCCGUUACAACUACAAGACACUGCUUUGCACCAACAUACCGGAACUUUUCCUCGACAAAUUUGUGGCGCGCACGCAUUUCGGACGCUUCGGCAACUUGGUGAACUUUGUGCUGCGCCCACGACGCAUGACAUGCACGGUCAGCUACGCGAACGAAGCGGAGGCAGCCAAAGCUCUAAAGGAAGGCAACAUCUACAAUGGCCACAGAUUUGAUUUGAGUUACAUGGAGAACGAGUCGUCGCCCGCCCAAAAAACGGAGGAAUGGGUGGACCCUGAUGUGCAGGCGGAGCUGAGUGCGCUCAGUUCGGUGGCCUGGACGGGCGGCAAGACUUUCGCCGAUGCUGUCAAGGCGGUCAACAAAACGCCGGUAGAACGUGAUCGUGGCAGCAAAGAAAAGGAACGCGAAAGGGAGCGAGAACGUGAGCGGGAACGUGAGCUUCAGCGUGCCCCAGCGCACUACAAGACAACCAAGCUGGAGCUGGAGAGCAUUAUGCACAAGGCGGCGCAUAGCAGCGAGGAAAAGUAUCGUGUGCUUGAUGCCCGCGACAAAUUGAUGCGUCUGCAACAGCGUAUGGACACCGCUCAGCCGCAACAUGGCCUGCAGGGUCAUUGUCCGGACAUGUGUCCAGAGAAGGAGCGUGUGCUGCGUGAGUUUCAGCGUCAGGUGGCCGCCUAUGAACUGCAGCCGUAUUCGGAUCAAUUGAUUGCCCACGAGUUGGCGCUGAAACAAUAUUCGCGUAGUAGUGCGGAUCAGGAGACACCGCUGCCGCACGAAUUGCGCGACGAACAGGCGCUGCACAUGACCAUGAGCUAUCUGAUGCACGAGAUCAUGGAUCGCAGCGAGCAAGUGAAUGCGAAUCUGGGCGAUUGGUUUCACUUCGUUUGGGAUCGCACACGUUCCAUACGUAAGGAGAUCACACAGCAAGAGCUGUGCUCGCUGGGCGCUGUCAAACUAGUGGAGCAAUGUGCCCGCUUUCACAUCCAUUGCACGGCUCGUCUGGUGGCCGAGGAUCCCAGCGUCUUUGACAUGAAGAUCAAUGCGGAGAACUUGACGAAAUGCCUGCAAACACUCAAGUACAUGUAUCACGAUCUGCGGCUCAAGGGUGUCGAGUGUCCGCGUGAGGCCGAAUUCCGUGGAUACAUUGUGCUGCUCAAUCUGGCGGACGCGAACUUUCUGUGGGACAUUGGCCAGCUGCCGGUGAAGCUGCAAAAUUGCGAGCAAGUGCGUCGCGCCAUUCGUUUCCAUUUGGCCCUGCAGGACACGAACUUUGUGCGCUUCUUUCAAAUGCUGCGCGAUCCGCAGACCAGCUACUUGGAGGCCUGCAUCCUCAUCAGCUAUUUCACCCGGCUGCGCAUCCUGGCGCUGCAGCGUCUGCUUGCCGCGUAUCGUGCACCGCGCAAGCACGAACGCUCCUCGUUGCCCGUCGCCUAUGUGCGCCAGAUGCUCGACUUUCAGGAUGAUGGCGAGGCUGAAGAGUUUCUCGAGAGCUGUGAUCUCAUUGUCAACGAAACCGGGUGCGUUGUCUACAGCAGCAAACGGGUCGAGCCACCGGAGCACUACACGCUGCAGCGGCAAUUGGAGUUGGUGGAAUCGAAGCGCAUGCAAACGGUAGGCGAAUGCAUCUGUGGCGAAGAGCUGCCGCCCAAGUCGCUGUAUCAAUCGCAUCGGCCGCACAACAGCUUCAAUGCGCAGGGCUUUCUGAAGAGCGGCGCCUGGACGGCAAAGGAUCAGUUGCGCAACGGCGUCGAGCACGAGGAGGAGGAGCAAGAGGAGCUGCCUCCGCCCAAGGAGCAGCCAACAACUGUUGUUGCAAUCAGCAGCGUCGUACAACCCGCCAAGGACAGCAGCAAUAUAUUCAAAGUGCCGCUCUUCUCGGCACCAAUAUCACCCAAGUUGAAAGCAGCAACUCCGCCGCCUCAAGCACAUCAACAGCCAACACAACAACAACAGCCAAGCAAAAGCUUUAGCUUUGUGGCUCAGCCAUCGCAACAACAACAGCAACAACCAGCAGCGACAACCACAUUUAGUGGCAACAUCUUCGAGGUGAAGCCGAGCAGCAACGCCUUGGGUGGAUUUAGCUUUGCGGCCGCUAAGCAAACAGCAGCAGCAAAUACUGCGCUCAUCGCACAAGAGCAGCAGCAGCGACAACAAAAAGCGGCCGCCGAGGAGGCUAAGCUGGCGGCACUGCAGCAGGCGAUAGCGGCAGCCAAGCAGCGUGAAGUGGAGCUGCUUGAGCUGCAGAAGGCCAAGGCAGCGCAGCUGGAACGUGCGCGUCAAGCGCGUCAACUGGAGCAGCAACAGUUGCUGCAGAAACAGCAGGAGCAGCAACAACAGCAGCAGCAGCAACGCGCCGAGGAGGAGCAGCGACAGCAGCGUGCGCGUCAAGCGGCCGCCGAGGCGGCACAACAAGCAGCAGCUGCCGCCGCUGCAGCCGCCGCGGAACAGAAGCGUCAGCGACAACUCGAGAAGCAGGCGGAAUGCGAGGCGAAGAGUCGCCAGCUGUUGCAGCAACUGUUGCAGCAGCAAAUCGAAGAGUUGUGCGCCCACGAAAAGCAGCUGCAUAACAAAGCGAUGCAAUGCUACGACACGCUGCUGGAUCAGGAGAUUGAGCAGCUGGUGCGCAGCCAGACGCUGCGCGCCGACUACGAGCUGCGACUGAUGCGCGAAUAUUGGCAACGUUGGCGCCGCUAUCGUCGCGUGCAGCAGGAGAAGAAGGCGCUCUUUGCCAGCCUCCCGCUGAGCUUUGCCGGCGAAUCAAGCGAUCAGCUGCUGGACAUGCGCAAUGCGGCGCCAGCAUUGCGUCUGAUGCGUCGCUAUCGCCAAGGCGCCGCUUGUGAUUAUCGCCAGCUACUCGCCGGCCUGGAGGAGCAGUGUUGGCUCAAGCUGGAUCUGUGGGAGCUGUUGGCGCGCACUUUAACGCCACAGCAGCCGGGCGUGCGUCGUUUCUACAAGCUGCUGUUGUCGCUGCCCGCUGGCCCCGCGGGUCAGGUGGUGGAGCAUGCCUUAGAUCGUGGUCUGCUGCAGCAGCCGCUAGAGGAACAACAUUCGACUGCCAGCAGCAACAACAACAACAAAGCCGGCUAUAUCAAUGGACUUUCCCGUGGCGUGGCAUUGUGUGUGCAAAAGUUGCUCGGUUUGCCGCAAGAUGUGCGACAGCUGUACCACUCCGAUGGCAUUGUUUGCUAUGUGCAUGGCGAGCAACUGGCGGAGGCACAGCAGCGAUUGCAGCUGCUGGCGCGGCACAGCAAUUGCCGGCAUGUGGCGCUCAUUCUGCUGCCCUCACAACAGCAGCAACAGUUCAAUGUGGAGACUCUGAAACUGCAGGUGCAGCAACUCUUUCAAACGCAUCACAUCUUUGGCACCCGCACGCCAACGCUGGGCAAGCAGAAGCAACAGCUCGUCGCUCUCCUACAGUGUGCCGUGCAAUUUGUGGCCAAGCAGCCGCAUCGCAGUCGCAGCGCAUUGCAGCAACGCGAACUGCGCGAUUGGCUGCUCUGGCAUCUGGGUGAUGAGCUGUUUCAGCGUCUGCGUUUUGCCGCCAAGCAGGAUGUAACAAUUGGUCAGCGUUGCCGGCAGACGCCGCAGUUCUGUGUGCGUCUCUACAAUGAGGCAGUGCGUCGACUGCAGCUGAUCGCUGGCGAAUCGCUCGAGGAUCGUCCGCAAUUGCCUCAAGAGUUGCGCGCCUAUGUGGAGCCAUUGUCAUCGCUGUUGCCGCUGCCCAAUCGAUUGGAGUACUUUGUGGACGGUUGGCAGCGUGACGAGCAGCGUGCCAAGAUUGUGCAGCUGCUGGAGCAGGCCAAGCUGCCAGAGAUGUCGCCACUGCCGCAAGCGCAGCUAGAGUUCUGUGAGUGGCUGUUGGAUUAUGCGCAACGCAGUCAGUCAUCGAUGCAGCCAGAAACGGAGGUCGAAGCGGUGGCAUUGCGUGCCAUACAAACGCUGGAGCUGCAAAUGCGGAGAGAUGCACUAAACUAUCUGGAUAUUGUGGAGAUCUUUGCCAAGGAGCGUUUGCAAUUGUUGCUGGAACAAGCAGCCAACACGCUGCUCGCAGCGAUUGUCUACAGACGCCAGACAAUGCAGCGCACGUUUGAGUCGCAUUGGUAUUACGAGUGGCAGCCACCAGAUGCGGCUGCAGUUGCCGAAGCGGCAGAGAAACUGCAAGAAAUGGCCGAGCAGGAGGAGGAAGAGGAGGAGCUAUUGCAACAGCAACAGCAGCAGCUGAAACCCAUCGAUGAGCUGAGCUUCGAGCAAGUUCUGGGCCGUGCCCAAGCCGUGCUCGACAAGUUCCAGCAGCAGCGUAGCGAUCACGAGCGUCGCACUUUAGGCGAUCUAAAUGCGCCGCUUGGCAAACUGCAGCGUGCCAUUGAACGUUGCGACAACACUGCCAUCAACAGGCCAGAGGAGCCCGCUAUCUCUUCAUCUGUAUCGUCUUCGUUGUCGUUGACAAGGUCGUCAUCAUCGCCACCGAAACAGCGCAAGCCACUUGAACAAGCCGAGAACCUGCCAGCCAUGAAACGAGCUCGUCUCAGCGGCCCAUCAACAGCAGCACAAGAUUCCUUGCGUGAUGAGUCGGCUGCGUUGCUCGAUCGCACCGAGCGUCUGAUCAAUAGCUGUCAAACGAGCGAACAGCGACGUCUGCAAACGAUGCGGCGUGCCAAGAAAUUUUUAUAACUCUCGUCAUAUUUUUGUACUAUACAAGCGCCAAUAAACAAGUUCAUUUCAAUUUAUUUUCG